CCUCAGCCAUUGGCCGGGCCUCCGGUGGUUUCCGCGCUGAGCUCCACCCCUGAGAGCACAGCCGGCCCCGAGGUUUCACGGAACUCCCCGGCGGCCCCGCCUCCUCAGCCUCCAUAGCAACCGUUUCCUGGCAGAUUCAGCCAGCUUCGCUCCCUUUGCUCGCCACCCGGCUUCCGGCCCACGCCUCCCAGGAUGCAGCGCGCUGGCGGGAGGUUCGGAGCUUUCGGCUGGCUGCUGCGCGGGAAAGGCGCUGGCUGUACGACCUGGGGGCAGGUGCGCGCUGAGGUGCUGUCCAGUCGGUUCUGACUCAUAGCGACCCUAUCAACAACAGAAGGAAACACUGCCUGGUCCUUCACCAUCCUCACAAUCACUGCUCUGCUUGAGCCCAUUGUUGCAGCCGCUGUGUCAGUCCGUCUCAUUGAGGAUCUUCCUCUUUUUCACUGACCCUCUACCAAGCAUGAUGUCCUUCUCCAGGAACUGAUCCCUCCUGACAAGUCUGAAGUUUAAAGUAUCAAACAGAAUCAAUUUGCAUUCUAAAAUCACACCAACACAAAGACUUGAUAUUGCGGCAGGAUUAGCAAGCAAGCAAUGUCAUCUGUUGAACAAGAAGAACUCUUGUGUUACAAUGGGGAAGUCCUUGUUUUUCAGUUGUGUGAUACAGAGGCGGCAGAAACACCCAUUUUACAUGUCAGAAGAAUGGUGUUUGACAGAGGCACAAGAGCAUUUGCUCAGAAGUCCACUGGAUUUUUUCGCAUGGAGGAAGAAAACUCUCAUUUUAAAAUUAUUUGUUGCAGCUGUGUGUCAGACUUCAGAACUGGACUAAACCUCCCUCAUGUUAUGAUACAAAGUGAAAAGAAUAACGUUUUCGAUUAUUUUCUACUAUUGCUUCACAGUACCAAUAAAUUCGAAAAGCGAUUGAGUUUUAACUUAGGCUAUGAGUUGAAGGACAGCUUGAGGGUUCUUAACGGUCCUUUAGUUUUAUGGAGACACGUCACAGCAGUCUUUUGUAUUUCUUCCAAAAGUGGCACAGUUGUUAGUGUGCCGGUUAACUUUUCCUCUAUUGUGUGGGCAGGAGAGAUUGGAAAUCUAGGUAUUGUUUUAUUGGGAUGCACCCAGAAACCCUCAAAAUCAGAUUGUGCUCCUUGGGAUACCAAAUUUUGUGUAUACUCUCUUGACCGUCAAGAAAUCUUAUCCGAUACAUACAUUAUCCCUCAAGCUUAUAGCAGUGUGGUAACUUGUGUGCAUGUCUGUGCAGCUGAGUUAGUUAACAACCAGCUAAGAAUGUCUCUCAUUGCCCUUACUCAAAAGAACCAGCUGAUUUCAUUCCGAAAUGGUACUCCUGAAAGCGUGUGCCAGCUUCCAUUUGGAGAUCCCUGUGCGGUUCAACUUAUGGAUUCAAGUAGAGAAGACUCCCUUUUCAUUGUAUCCUUUAGGUCCAGUGAUGCUUGUGCUGUUUGGAAAAAGAACUUCCAGGUUGCCACUAAGUGGGAAAAAAUUCUCUCAUUACUGAUCGAUGACUUCGUUGGAGCUGGAACUGAACAAGUGCUGCUACUUUGGAAGAGCUCCUCAAACUCAGAUUGCCUGGCUUCAUUUAAAAUAACAGAUCUCGUCAGCAUAAACUAUUCAAGUGAUACGUUGGAUUGCAGUGAAGAUAUUUUAAUUGAAGACGACGAAAAGAAUUCUCCUCAUUCUUCCGUGAUUCCAGCUCUGGAAAGAAGAUUGAAGAUUGGUUUGGCUUCUGUUCGGGAUUUACAGCAGCAUCUCCUGCUUAAGGAAAAAAUUAUUUCAAAAUCUUGCAAGGCUUUAAUAAACCUGGUUGAAGGGAAAACUGGUACAUCAUCAAGUACAGAGGAGGAAUGUCUUGUUCCUCUUUGUGGUGAAAAAGAACAUCCUGCGCAUACCUUUGAUGAAAAGCUAUCAGACAAUUUAAAAGAUUCGGAACAUCUAAUAGAGAAGAUGUGGUAUCGUGUAAUGGAUGAUAGUUUGGUUGUUGGAGUGGAAAUCACAUCUUCUUUGCAACUGUCACUGAAGGAUGUGACUUUGUCGCUGUUACUGGAUCAAGCUUGCGACUCCAGCUUUCUGCUGAAGUGUCAAAAUAGGAUGAUUAAGUUGAGUACGGAUUCUUUACCAGCAUCACCUCCUGUGCCGUUUGAAAUAGGAUCAGAGGCAAAAAGAAUCAAGUUAACCCUUCAUAGCGAGGAAGAGAAAAGCUGUGUUUGUCAACAACCAUCUAAGAAAGAUUGUGUACAGAUAGUUACUGCUGUAACAUCUCUUCCACCACUUUUAGCACUCAGCAAUUUCUGUUGCAUUGUGCUGCUACAAAUUAGGGAGAGAAAAAAUGGGAACCUUUCUGAAGAUCGUUAUGUUCCUUGUGGCAGACUUUUUUUAAGUCUGGACGAUAUUUCAAGGGGAAAAUACCUAGUGACAUUUCCAAAGAACGAAUCUAUAGAAAACAUGGAAGAUUUUUUUGUACUUCUCGCAGCAUUACACAAAUUUUGUUUUCAAGUCACGUCAUCUGGCCAUACCCUGACUUCAAUGAAGACAUGGUUCUUAGAAUACAUACAAUGCGAAGUAAUCAAAGAAUUUCCAGAAAUGUUGGUCUGCAAAAGGCCAGGAAGUUUUUAUGGGACACUCUUCAACUGGAAACAAAGAACACCAUGCGAAGGAAUUUUAAUAGUGUAUUGCAGGAAUCAAAGUGUUUUGUUUGAGUGCCUUCGUUAUCUUAUCAGAGUUCUCCCUAUAAAGUGUUUCUUCAAGAAAUUAAAAUUAGCAAGUGAAGAUUUCCUAACUGAUCAUUUGGCAUUAACCUUGGAGAAGGAACUGGUUACCCUUACUAGUUCUCUUUCUUCUGCCCUAGCUGAGGUUGAGAGCAACUUUGUACAGCAGUAUGAAGCAAGCAAAAAUAUGAGCAGUGUCAAUGUGGCUUCUUUAUCAGAAAUAGAGGAAAAAAUACAUCCAUACAGAAAAGAACUUCAGAGAGAAAAGAAGCAAAUCACGUUGGGAAUGAACCUAAAAGUGAGUGGUGCCCUUUAUAGAGAAAUUACUUUGAAAGUAGCUGAGGCUCAGCUGAAAUCAGACCUAGCAGGACAGAAACUGGCCAGUCUAUAAUCAUAAUCGAUAUUUGAUUAUAUUUUAAAAUAUGUUUUCACUGCCAGAAAAUUUCGGCUCCACUUGUUUUCAUUUUACGUUAUAUGCCUCCUUUGUAAAAAUAAAAAUUGAGGCUUUUUGUAGUUUAAACUUUGGUUUUGAUAAUUCACAAAACAGUAUGCCUUAGAUGAAUGAUUUUAUCGCCACCUCCAAGGGGUAUUUGGCAAUGUCUGAAGAUCCUUUUUUUGGCUGUCAGUGGUUUGUGUGUGUGCGUGCAUGUGUGCAUGUACAGGAGGUUGCUGUUGGCAUCUACUGGGUAGAGGCCAGGGAUGCUGCUAAAUGUCCUGCUGUGCCCAGGACAGCUCCUCACCGUGAAGAAUUAUCCCACCCAAAAUGUCAGAAGCGCCAAAGUUGACAGAAGUGUCACAACAUAUUUUGGUUUAAAUCUUAAAAAAAAAAAAAAAAAAACACCCUAAGCAGUCUUUUUAUUGUAUUCUGCUUAGUAAAACCUAGCAUAUAAAAAUCAACUUCAAACAGGUAACUUGAGCAAGGUUGACAAGAUUUAUAAUAGUUUCUAGAAACAUCAAGCUUCCGUGGAAAUUUAAAUGGUGGAAUGUCCGAGUGAAACCAUUAAAAUGAAAGUGUUUGAAACCCUUGUUAAUUUAAAUUUUAUUAGAAACCUUCUGUGAAGUCAUGUAAGUAAGUCUAUAGGAAUGUGAUACUCUGAAAAUUUUAGGGUGUUUCUCUGAAAAGGAUAUCUCCUUCAAAAGGCUAAGCAUAUCUCACAGGCUACUUUUUUUUUUUUAAGUUGAAAAUGCCAUCUGAAAUUCUAAGUCUAGGCCAAGCUAAAAUAUAAAAUUCUAGCUAAAAUAGAGUAUGCUGCUCCUUAGGGACUGAGAGAUUUAAAUAUAAGUGAAAAUCCCACUUCAGUUAAGAAAUGAUUUUUAUAAGGGUUCCAGUGAGAGACAUUUCAAAGGGAUAAAAAUUCAACAUAGUCUUUUUUGUAAAAAAUAAGAAUUCUGGAGUAAUAAAAGAAUGUCAGGGGAGAGAAAAAGACACAAAAGGAUGUGGGCCAAAAGAAACAACCCUGAUCCUCUUUGCUCUAAAAUCCUAAGGGAGAUGGAAGUCUUCUUUUCAUCCAGAGGCAGUUGAAAAAAAUACAGAUGAUUAUAUUAAGUGGCAUCUUGUGCUUGCAGCGAUGAAGUGCUAAUUCUCCCCAUGCCUUAGAUGUGCUCAUACGUAAUGAUCUGGUGAGAUAAAUGGUUUUUAGAGAACAUCGGUUAUUAGGUCUCAGUUUUUGUGAUUGUCCAUAUAAUAUGCUACUUCCUUUUUAGUAAUCCAUUGCAAAUUGAGAUAGAACUCUACAGCUUUAUCUCUAUAAAAUAUUGGAAAAUAUCUUAGACUUUCUGUAAAUGGAAAAGCAGUAAAUUCAGGAUUAAUUUUGGAAACUUAGAAACAAUAUUGUCUAGCUGCAAAAUGUAGCACCAGAAUACUCCUGAGAAGUGAGGAUGGCGAGACGUCAUCUUGUUUACUUUGGAUACAUUAUCAGGAGGGACCAACUCCUGGAGAAGGACAUCAUGCUUGGUAAAGUAGAAGGUCGGUGAAAAGAGGAAGACCGUCAAUGAGCUGCUCUGUCAGAGCAGUCAGUGGUGGUAACUGGGCUCCAUCUGGUUGUACUGGACUCAGUCUGGUGGAGGCUGUGGUAGUUGUGGUCCAAUAGUCCUUUGGACUGAUCUUUCCCUCAUGUCUUUAGUUUUCUUCAUUCUCCCUGGUGGAGCUUGUAGCCUUUUAACAGAUAACAGAUAUAAGCUAGAAUGUGAAUGGUCUUUUUUAAAACAUACACUAGGGAGUAACAGGUAACCCUUUCUAACUUUAUUCUAAUCUCAUUAAACAGAAUGAUGGUAAUUUUUAAUGUAGUUUUUGUGAGCCUGAGAUGUUUUAAGUGUAAAAGGAUUUCUGAGAAUGGAAGCAAUGUUAAAAACAGUACUAGAGAUUUAUUAUUUGAUCAGACAAUUCGUAAACUGGGCAACACAGCGUGAGACUAGGUGUACUUAAAAUGAGCCAGUGUGGGGUUUUUUUAUAGUCCAAGGAACAUAGAAAGCCAGGGAAGUCGAAGUGGUUUCAAUGAGUCUUCAGAUAUUCAUUAAAAUGUCUCUUGAAAUCCUUUCUUCCUCAGAAUUACAUUUAGCUAAGAAGACAAAUGACACAGGUCUGAGGGGUCAGUGCCUGCCAACGCCAGCUUGUCUGAAAUGUAGAGCUAUUCUAAGAGUGCUCAUUACCCAGAAACUUAAAGAAACAGGCUAGUUAUUAUCUCUAAGGUUUAGGUUACUUAUUAUCUUAAACAUUUGCUUUCUGAGACCAAUUUUCGCCACGUUCUCCGGACUUGGCAGAAAUGUUGUUCUCAGUUUCCACAUUUUGUUUUAGUGUCCACAUAGAUUUCUAGUCUCCACAAAGAUUCAGAAUGACUGAGUAAUUUGAUUAUGUCAAGUGCAGUAAUAAAACGCCUCUUAUGAGUUAUCCAAACAGGAAGUUAAUAUGCUUCAACACUUUUUGAGAGAUUCUGAAAAAUGUAGUAAAAGCAUUGGGGGACUAGGGAGCAACGUCUGAAGAGAGCCAAGACCAAAUGUGUUCUUAUUUUGCAAAAUCUUAAGGAAAAGUGAGCACUCGGUACAUGUGUCGGGCCCAGGAAGGGGAGGUGGGGGUUGGCGUGCAGACUAAUCUGGUGUUUCCUGAAGCCAGUGCCACCUGGAAGGGGAGAGAAUUAGCCAGCAAGUAUAAAAAGUAGGAAAAAGAAUUAUCCACAAGACUUAGGAAAAGAGUUGAAGAAUACAUAAUUUUCUAUGACAUGGCACGCUGGGUGGGUAGUAUUAGGAACUAAUACUUACUGAUUACUACAUGCUGGUAUUGACCUGAAUGCUUAGCCCAUAUGAUCCUGGUUGUUGUUGUUAGGUGCCAUCGAGUCAGUUCCAACUCAUAGUGACCCUGUGUACAACAGAAUGAAACGCUGCCUGGUCCUGAGCCAUCCUUAAAAUCGUCGUUAUGCUUGAGCCCCUUGUUGCGCCACUGUGUCAGUCCAUCUCUUUGAGGGUCUUCCUCUUUUUCGCUGACCCUCUACUUUACCAAGCAUGAUGUCCUUCUGCAGGGACUGACCCCUCCUGAUAACAUGCCCAAAGUAUGUGAGAUGCAGUCUCGCCAUCCUUGCUGCCGAGGAGCAUUCUGGUUGUACUUCUUCCAAAACAGAAUAUGAUCUUUAUAACCAUAUAUAACUGCUUUCCAAGAUGUUAGCAGCUAGCCACAUAGGGCUUUUUACAUUUAAGUCAAUAAAGAUUAAAUAAAAUUAAAAAUUUCGUUCCUCAGUUGCACUACCCAUAUUUCAGUUGCUCAAUAACCACAUAUAAGUAGUGGCUACCAUUUGGACAGUGCAGAAUAGAACAUUUCCAUAGGCACAGAAAGUUCUCUUGGACAGUGCUACUAUAAGAUGUGUACUAUUGAAAGUUAAUUAUAGAUGAAGAAACUGAGGCACAGACAGUUUGAAUAAUAUACCCAAGGUCUCAUAGCUAGUAAGGAACAGGACCAAGAUUCAAAUCCAGUCUAACUCCAGAACUUUGCUCUUUUGCCACUAUGCUAUUCUGCUUCUAAAGUAACUUCUUAAUAAAAACUAUUAUGCUCUGACAAUUUUAUAUUAACAAAUGCCCUUAUUCCUAAAAAAGGAUUAUACCCUAGAUAAAUAAGACCUGUGACAUGGACAGGCGGGCACGCUCAUGUUCAUUGCAGCAUUAUUCACAGUAGUAAAAAGGUGGAAACAACCUAAGCCCCCAUCAGUGGAUGAAUGGGUAAACAGACUGUGGUACGUAAACACAGUGGAAUACUAUGCGACGGUAAAGAAUAACAAUGAAUCCGCAAAACAUCUCACAACAUGAAUUAAUUUGGAAAACAUUAUGCUAAGUGAAAUAAGCCAAUCACAAAAGGACAAAUAUUGUAUGAGACCACUAUUACAAAAAAAACAAGAAAAGGUUUACACACAGAAAAAAAAAUCUUUCAUGGAUACCAGGAAAAGGAGGGGGAGGGAGGGCAAAUUACUAAGUAGGUAGAAGACACAAGGUAAUAUUGUUGAAGGAAAAAGCAAUACACCAUAUGGGGGAAGUCAGCACAACAUGACAAAGGCAAAGGAAGACACUGAAAGGAACACAAGAACAAAGGGCAACUAUGGCAAUUACUAUAACAGACAAGUUCCUGCAACAACAGUAUUAAACAAUAAUUUGCAAAGGGUUACGUGGGUAGAUAGGUACACUAAAGAGGCAUGGGAGGGCAUAAGGGAGCACACCCACCUGCAGAUAUAGGCGAAGGUGUAGAUAUCUCUACAAACAUAUUUGUAGAUGUUGCAUGUAUACUGAUACAGACAAUAGAACACACAAAGGACACAGUCAUAGAAACUUCUUAUGCAUAAGCAAACACCUCCUGGGAUGAAGAUACUACUAGGCUUGAAGGCUAAGGACUGUAGACUAGGGACAUUUACAUCAGUUGGCAUAACAUAGUGCAUAAAAACAACGUUCUACAUCCUAUCUUGGUGAGUAGCGUCUGGGGUCUUAAAAGCUUGCGAGCAGCCAUCCAAUAUAUAACUAGUGGUCUCUUCCCAUCCAGAGUAAAGGAGAGUGAAGAAAACCAAAGACUCAAGGGAGCAAUUAGUCCAAAGGGCUAACACACCACAAGCACCACAGCCUACAUGACCCCAAGACUAGAACUAGAUGGUGCCCAGCUACCACUACUGACCACUUUGACCAGGAUCACAGUAGAGAGUCCCAGACAGAGAAGGAGAAAAACGUAGAACAAAAAGUCAAAUUCCUAAAAAAAAAAAAAAAAGAAGAAGAACAGGAGGCAAGGCCAAGAUGGCAGAGUAGUCAGACGCUUCCUGUGGUCCCUCUUAUAACGAAGACCUGAAAAAACAAGUUUAUCAAUUAUAUAUGACAAUGUAGGAACCCUGAACAUCAAAGGGAAAGUUGAGGAAUUGGACUGAGCGGCAAGGGGAGGGAGAGUUCAGAAGCAGUGAGGAGUUGCCAAACCUGACCCGGCAAGAACCGGCACUGUGCAGGCCAGAUCCACUGGUGCUAGCGUGGUGAAGCAAGCAGUGGCGUUCGGGAUGUGUUUUCCACAUCGGGAGAGACCGAGCAGCGGAGAGUCUACUCAUGCCUCCAGAAUCAGUGAAAAGUGGCGCAUAAUUGGCAAAAGAUAAGUG